AUGCAGUCUCCAUUCUUCACUGCUCUCGUGCUGGCUCUGUGGAGCCUGUCAAAGGUUAGCUUCAGCCAAGUCUGCAGCAGUCAAAAUCAAGACUCGGCGACCAUCGUCGUCGAUCAGUCGGGCCAUGGACAAUACACCACGGUGCAACGAGCCAUCGACUCCGUGCCGGCAAAGAACAGCGUCUGGACUCGCAUCCUGGUUAAGCCCGGGAAUUAUAAAGAAAAGGUUGCAAUUCCUGAAGACAAGCCAUGCAUCGUCCUCGAAGGGAACUCGGCAAGUAACACCAUGAUCGAGUGGGCCGACGGGGGUGAGGUUAAUGAAAGCGCUACCUUCACGCUUUAUGCAGAAAAUUUCAAAGCUAGGAAUAUAGGCUUCAAGUACAUCUGUCGUCGACCUCAGGCACUUCGUGUUAUGAUCGAUUGA